AGAGAAGGUAGAUUUAACCCCACAACCAGCUGAGUUUUAGGGUUGUGAGUUACAAUCCCUUUUAAAAUGAAAUUUUUGUCAUUUUUAAGUUUUUUCUGCCAGGGAAAUGCAUUUUCACGUGCAGUUCUCAAACGUCCUCGCUGCAUGAUGGUCACGUGCUGGUCAAAAGGUCAAGUUUAAACAGCAGUGGGACCUAAGAGAUUUCAACAGCUUAUUACUGUACAUAAAACAAAAUCACUCCAGCUGCUCUUUGAAACCCUCAAAUAUUGCAUGAUAGAAGAUAAACAAGAAUAAACCUGCACUUGGAUGUGUUGAUUCGGACUGGACAACAUUAGUUGACUUAAGCUGCUUUUUAGUGUAUUUAGGGCUCAGGGAAGUCUUUUUCUGUCUUUUCUGCAAGUAAACACGAUUCUUAAUCUGUUGGCAGCAGCGAUCAUGUGCCAUGGCACAGGGCAGCAGCAUGGAUCCUGGUUGUGUAUACCUUAUAAGCUAAAUACUAGCUGUCUGUGGUGUCUGUAGCCACUGGUGGUCCAUUUCCUCAGACCUAUUUGGAGAAUUGUCAGUCGUCUAAAACCAGAUUUACUAUAAUAAGCAUUUUGAGCUUUGAUUGUCUGAUUGGUUUAAUCAACACUUCACUACUCACAGGCCUUUAUCGCGCCCAUAAUCCUCUAAGGUCAGCCUUCAGUCAACAGUGCUGGUUAAACCUGUAUUUAUCCGGUCUGGCGUGUCUGUGCAAAGGUUUUAUAUAUCUUUAUUGACUCAAACGGUCAGAGGUAAAAUCUACUCUAAAUGCCAUAUGUAUAAAGCUUGAAAAAUGCUUUGUUAUUUCAGGGUCUAUAGGAACAGUUUUAAUUUCACAACAUUAAUGGCCCGCCUCCCUGCAUGUUGAUAUCACACAGUUAUUUUGACCUGGUUUUGGGAACUAAGGCAGGAAUGGGGUGAAAAUGAUUUAAAUCUUUGCAAAUGUUAGAUAAUGUUACAAGGCAAGGGGAUUUGUUUGUAUAUAGAAGAUUUCAUUACAGGUAAACUCAAUGUGCUGUACAAUGUGCAUUCAGCAACAAAUCAUAUUAUAGUAAAAGAAAUACAAGAAUAAUAACACUGACAACCACCCGCCCUGCAAAAGACAUCCACAUCCACAGACAAACACACACACACACACACACACACACCCACCCACACACCGGGUCUGGAUCCUAUUCUAGGUACAAUUAGAACACCGCAACCUGCUGACCGGAGAGGUUUGACUGGACUGUAGUCACUGAGCAGGAUUCUGGGCAAAAUCAAAACUCUGGAGGAAUAAUGGGCGCCAACUUCUCCAGCCUGGAUGAUAUCCUGGAGGAGGACAUGCACCACUGGUACACCAAAUUCAUGAAGGAGUCGCCUUCAGGGCUCAUAACGCUCUUUGAGCUCAAGACUAUGCUUGAAAUGAACGGUAUGACAGAGGAGGCUAGCAGCUAUGUGGACCAGGUCUUUUUCACCUUUGACAUGGAUGGGGAUGGCUAUAUAGACUUUGUUGAAUACAUUGCAGCAAUAAGUUUAUUACUGAAAGGAGAAAUUAACCAGAAACUAAAGUGGUACUUCAAACUCUUUGAUCAAGACGGAAAUGGGAAAAUCGACAAGGACGAAAUGGAGACUAUAUUUAAGGCUAUUCAAGAUAUCACCAGAAGUUACGACAUCCCUCCAGAUGACAUUGUGACUCUCAUAUAUGAGAAGAUUGAUGUCAAUGGAGAAGGUGAGCUGACAUUAGAGGAGUUCAUCAGUGGAGCAAAGGAUCAUCCCGACAUCAUGGAUAUGCUCACCAAAAUGAUGGAUCUUACCAAGGUCCUGGAAAUCAUUGUCAGAGGUCAACGGAAGAAAGCUGAAUGAGUGAUCAACAAGCUGGAUUGUGUGGAAAAUCAUUUUUUUGUGGAUUUUCAGAAUAUUGAGGAGUGUAUGUGCUUGACUGGUGAAGAGCAGAGUCCCAUCUCAAACUGCACAGAAUGAACUGAAUGAACUGACUGAGCAGUCCCAUGAAGAUAUGAACUCUGUGUAUGACGCCUGAGGAAAGCAAAGAAUUUGUCCUCCUCCCUCUGCUUGUGCUCUCACAUUACUUGGCCCUUCAGUUUUGUUAAGGUUUACAACACUUCAAAUCACUUUGAUUUACUUAAUAAACAGCUUAAUGAGCUGGAAAUAUUGUAUGGGACUUUUAGUUUGCAGAACUGUCAGGCACAACGUGAAAAGCAGAGUGGGUUACUUCAUCCCUAGUCAGGAAGUAGGCUGUGGGUGUAAGCCUGCCAUUGACCUACUAGAGGCACCAUCACUCCAUCUUGGGCUUAGCGCUGCCCAAUAUGAUGUGAUUGGUUUAAAGAAAUACAAACACACCAGACAAUUUUUCCCCUAUGCCAGAAUGAUAAUGGGUUCAGCCAGACCUUUCUCCAACACUGGCACAGCGCUAAAACUAAGUGUGGAGAUAGGUCUGGUUAUGCAAGACUACUUCAUCCCAAAAUGACUUAAACAGCUUUGGAAUCAUCUCUUAUUCAUUUGAAAAUAUUAAUUUAUUUACUGAAUUCACAUUUGAAUAUGUAUUAGUCAUGUUAAAGACAACUGCCAAACUCUUUGGGAAUUUCUUACAAAAUUUUAUUACAGAAGUUCAAUUCCUAUGCCAUCUAUGUAAUUAUUACAAUAUUUGGUUGUCGACAUGUUAACACUCAAUGGUUAUCGUCUAAGACACUCAGUGAGAUUGUUUGUUCUUUGUUUUAUAAGGUUGUUCUUGUAAAAUGUGCAUGAAAACUACACUGUUGCUUGUAGAAAAACUGAAUGCUAAAUGAAUAUCCAUGUAGUAACUGAAUGUAAAAAUAUGUGACGUGAAAUGUAAUGUUCUACUAGGAUUUACAAUAAUUAAGGUUACAAUGUUGCCUUAAAAAUCAAUACAAUGUUUUUGUUAAAAACUGUUUCUUUCCUUUUGAAGAAAAUAAUCUGGCAGUCUACUGUAUAUAGCUUUCAUUUUAACAUGCAGGG